CGUAGCAUUUGAUUACCUGAGUUUUCGAGCUGCGAGUAAAAUCUUCCGCUCUGUUGCCCCUCCAAUCAGUUGGAGAAGAGCACUGUCAGAAGGAUUGGGAGCUUAUAAUUUCUCUUGCCCAUUGCUCAUGUUUGCCGACAGAGAUGAGGGUGUUUACAAAUUUGUAGAUCCCAAUAUAAACAGCAGCAGUUAUAAUUAUUACCUCAUGAGGAUCCCCGAUUCUCUUCAAAACCCGACAACCAUGUGUUAUUGACAUCUAGGCUGGUUGCUUUUGUUGGAACCUGUGCGCGCCGUCCAUCUCUACAACCCGUUUACCCGGGUUAUCAUCAGUUGCAACCGUAGGUACGGGGAUGGGGUUGAGGAGAGCACAUUUUUCUAUUCAAAGCCAUCUGCGAUUACUACUUCUAAUGGCGAUUGUCCAAUCAUUAGUGUUGGUUUCUUCAAGGAGAAGAAAAUUAUGGUUAAAGUGAUCAACCCUCGCCCUGGGGAUGAAAUUGUGAGGCAUUUUGAUGUGGAAAGCGAUAGAGUUUUCAAGGCACCUGCACCGACUAGCCCGGCUUUGUUCAAAGAUGCUUUCUAUUACUUAGAUCAGGAAGGGCGUCUUGGAAAGCUUAAAAUAGCAGAUUGGUCAGUGGGAGACAACUUGAGCUGGGAAGUUCUUGACAAACCCCAAUGCCCAGAUGGGCUUAUUGAUUCUUCAUACCACAACUACUUGGUGGAGUGCGGCGGGGAGCUGAUUUCGGUGUUUGUUGGGCGUUUGGGUAAAUGGGUUUCGGUUUACAGGCUGAAUGGUGACGAAGAGGCUUGGGAAACGGUCGCGGAUCUGGGCGGGUACGACUUGUACCUCAGCCCAUCUUCAUCAUUGUCUGUUUUGACAAAGACAAGAGGGAACAGAAUCUAUGGCCCUUGGCUUCGUGGUUCUGAAAUUGCGUUCUUCUCUCUGGACACAGGCAAAUGGCAUUUCUCAGGGAGCGGAGAUUCAUCGUGUGAUCUUUACGGUACGAGAAUGCACCUAAACUCCUCUUGGGUUAUGCCCACUUGGUAGUUUAUUUAUAUACACUUGCAUUCGUACUAGCUGUGGCCUGUGGGGGCUUUCGUUGGACACUUUUUUUUUUAUUGAAUUUAUUUAAUUGACAGCAACAUUAAUAAUCAAUCUGUUGGAUCAAUUUGAGUUAGUGUGCUUAUUUAUAUAAGAGAAAUUUACAGAAAUAAGAGUAAAAGAUGGUGUAUUUC